GUGCCCUGAAAUGUCCAUGGUGCAGCAGGCAAGGCUGCACCAUGACAAUCACCCAGAUUGAGAGACGCUUCGACAUUCCCAGCUCUCUGAUUGGGGUCAUCAGUGGCAGUUUUGAAAUGGGGAACUUGUUGGUAAUCGCCUUUGUGAGCUACUUUGGUGCAAAGCUCCAUCGGCCCAGGCUGAUUGGUAUCGGCUGUUUGAUCAUGGCCACCGGGUCCUUUAUCAUUGCGCUGCCGCACUUCUUACAGGGUCCUAUGUCCCACAACACUCAAGUCAACAGCACUGAAAACAUCCUGCCCUGCUUGUCCAAUCACAGCCUGACCGAGAAGGAUGAUGACAUCCCUGAUGUAGCAGCCGUGAAAGCUUGUGAAAAGGCAGCUGGCUCGUCCAUGUGGAUCUACGGUUUCCUGGGAAACAUGCUGUGUGGAAUUGGGACUCCCUCCAUGCCGUUGGGAAUAUCCUAUCUGGAUGACUUUUCUAGACAGGAGAACACUCCUUUCUAUUUGGGUUUGUAUGAUUUUUGUCAUGUGCUGCCCUAUCUUGUUAUUUUUGAAUAAUUUGACUUGAUGUUUUACCUGACUUUUGUUACAUCAUCAUAGAUGUUGCUUUAUUAUUGCAAUGCUUACAAAAUGUUU